AGGGGGCGAAAGACAGCGAGUUUUUUUGUGUAAGGAAAUGAUUGAGAUAAUUUGUUUACAUGCCCUGGAUCCCCUCGAUUUUUGGGGCAUAUUGGCUUGCCCAUGAGGCUUAUAUAUAAGACAUAAGACAUCAGGAACUAUGAACAUAUUUAUACUUUGCUAUCUGCCAUCCUCUUCUAAUUCAAUUUUGUGCAAUUGGCUUACUUCAAUAGGUACUUGCUAAUCGCUAGACUUGCUGGCAAAUGCGAUUGCCGUUGUUCCUAGUUAGGUGACACUUUCGUUGCAAUUCGCAUUUCAUUGCUUGGUUAUGUGGUUCAUGGCGUGGAACCAAGCGGCACCACUCCACAUCUACACAUCCACACACAUCUGCACAUCCAAGCUCGGCGUGGUGCGUUACUAAUGAUGGUUGUGCUUCAGCUCGGCCAGAUCCCUGCCAGCUCUCCCCCGACUACAUGUAGUUUAUUGGCACUUGCGGCAAUUAUGUCAAAGUGGAGAUUGGUUGGGAUUGGGACUGGGUUCCCAGUCGUGCCAAUGUAUUGGCAAAUGGGCAAUUCAUUGUUCACUUAUGGCUGGCAACUUGCUGAUGGGCAUGGAAACAUGGAAACAUGGAAACAUGGAAACAUGGACACAAACUGAAAUGGCACACUAGGACAUGGACAAAUGGCAACACUCAACUGCAGUUCAUAACUUUCACUUGCAACUUGGGCUAAAGAAGUUUGGCCAACGCUCUGUAGACAAUGUCAAUGGUUUGGGAGUUUCGCUUGUGUCAAGAUCAUGCGGCGCUUUUUGUUUAGCUGGCAGUGGAAAAAUUCGCACAUUUUGGCUGCUAUUUUGGAUAAUAACAAAAAAUGACUGCCUACCGCAAAACCAACAACCCAACUAGACUAUUUAUUCCAUCGCCUUCGAAUGACAGUCAACAUCACUUAAUAGCCAGAAUUAAAGAUGCUUUCACGGGAAUCUGAUUUCCAGCUCAAAUUGAGCGUAUCAAUGGGCGUUGUAAUCUCGUGCACUCGGUUAGAGUUCAAUGUUGUGAUGGGUUUGUUUAGGUUCGCCUUAUCCAGUGGGGCAUCUGGCGUCUGCAUCCGUGACAGGAAAGACGAAGAACUCCGGCAAGGUGAAAUUGCCAUACGGAACCAGAGCCAGAGGGGCCACCAGAACGAGCGAUUCCAAGCGGAGGAGGAGGUGGAGGCAUCGUUGAAAGGGAAACUCCAGCCAAGCGAACCAGCGAACUCAUAUCUCAAUGGAAAUCUAAGGCAGAGUUUGGGCUUAAAUGGAGGCUAUAGCCAAAAUUAAAUCACAAUCAAGAAGCCCACAACAAUCCAUAUCCAAGGCAGUGUAGUGACGCACUGGUAUACCCUAUUCGAAUAUCAAUGCACCAUUUUUAGCCACACUAAUUGGUAAUAAAGUUCUGUAAGAAACUAUUUUUUGUUUAAGGAGAAUCAUAAAAAAAUGAUUAAACGAGCUUUCACAAGAGACCGCCAUUGUUUAGCAGGGUAUUCAGCAGUGCUCCACAUCCGCACACACACAUGUCUUGGAUGCCAGCGGUUCGCCCUGCCACCAAAAAGGGUGUUGCAUAAACGACUCCAGCUGCGAAUCCAACUUCUCGGCCUAAGCUAUGCAAAAAGCCCAAGAAAAACAAAAAAAAAAGGUAACACACAUAACACUCACAUGUGUGUGUGUGGCAUUAGAUUGCGCAAAGAGCCCCCGGCGGCGGCGGUGGCAACGCAUCGCUUGGCUGCCCCAACGAAAGCAGCAUAGAUGGAUGGAGCUGGCUGAUGGCCACAGAAGCUACCAAAGCCAGCGAAGCUACAGAAGCUCUACAGCUCCAGACGCCAACGUCGAUUAUUAGCGAGCGCAACUGGCGGACGCGUUUCAGUCGCUUCUUCGCGCGCGCGCACUUCAAACGCAUCUUGCAAAUUCGCUGCCGCAUUCGUUUGCUUACUUUAUUUGUUUUGUGAACAUAUAUAUAUAUAUAUAUAUUUAUAUAUAUUUCUGAUUUUGAUGUGCUUGUGCUUGGCCAGACAAUGAGGAAUCUGUGCUGGCUACUGGCUGUUCCCAUGGCAAUCCUGCCCUUGGGCUGUGCCAUUGUGGGUGCAGGACGUGAUCUCCUGCUGACGCCGAAGCAGGGACACCAGCUGAGCGGCAAGCGCAUCUUCUACGAGGAGCCGGCGGAGGAGCGAGUGCUCAGCCAGCGACGCAGCUCGUCGACGCGUCCUUGGGAGCGCACCCUGAAACAUGUCACAUACGUGACCCUCUUCACGGAUGCGGCCGUGGGCGCAGCAGCCGGAAAUCUCAGCCAGCUGCAUGAGUAUCACGACUUCCUGCAGACUCCAUAUGUGCCGGCGGAUGACCAGGUUGGAGCUCCAUUGGGCGGAGCGCCGUCCGCGCGCUUCGGCGACAUCAUGACCCUGGCCAAGGGCUACUUGGAGCAGCUUCCAGGAUCGGGAAACGCAUCCUAUCGCUUCCUCGAGGGCGGCACGUGUUUCCAACUCCAAUGCCCCAGCGCCAGUGGCAAGCAGCGACGAGCUUUGUGGCAGGUGCAGCGCAUCCGUCAUCGGGACGGGGACACGGGGCGUCACUACCACUACGAGCUGAAGUUCAGUGUGACGCCGCUGGAGCACAACUAUCAUCACCACACACACCCGAUGAGCUACAUCCAAAAGGAGUCCGACUAUCCGCGCAGCUUCGGGCGUUUGGCACACCAGGACCAGGACUUCCAGGCCCAGCGGCGCCAGGAUAGGCAGCGAUAUGGCGCUGGAGGUGGUGCUGCUGCGGAGCAGUCGCAGGCCACCUUUGUGCACGGCAUCUUUCAGCCAGCUCCGCCGCCGCCGCCUAAACUUAACAUCGGUGAGUAUUUGAAGGGCGCCGUGGCAGUGGCGCCAGGCAGUCCGAAGAUCGAGCUAUUUCCGGGACUGCUCAAUCUGGGACUGCGACCCAACUAUGUGGUACCCACCACUUUUCGUCCCAGCUACCCGGCUGCGCUGAAAUUUGGGCCUCAUCCGGAAUUGGAAAGAUUCCCCAGCCACAGCGGUGAACUGGGCAAUGCUGCGACACCGGGUGAAUUGGGCGCCAUUUCGGGCGGCGUAACCCAUCAUUUCCAUCACCAUUUCUAUGUGGCACCCGGUGCCGGUGCUGCCCAGCUGCAUUCGGAGUUGGGCUAUCGCUUGCCCACCUCCUCGCCGCCCGAACCGACCACACCGCCAAACUUGUAUCCCCAGCAACAGACGGUGCAGUUUCCCAUCUCCAAUUCGGGUUCGUCGGAGUCGCUGGAGGAACAAGAGCAGGAUUUACUGCUGCGCACACCACAAAUCUAUGGACAGGCGUCCAAGUAUCAAACGGCCAAACUGCCACCAUUGCUCAUCUAUGCGGGCGGCAGUGCUGGCGAUGAGGACAAGUCGUUUGUGCAGAGCGAACCGCUGGAGGAAACCGUCUAUCGCUACUCCGAGCCAGAUCCCCUAUAUGUGCAUCAGAAUCCCAUCGAUGUGAUGCCGCAGGAGGAGGAAACCGAAAAGGCACCGCCAGUCCAAGUGCAGGACGGGGACCAAAAGCGAGGGGAACAGCGGCCAGUUUCGGUCAGUUUGGAGCAGCCGGAGCUGACCACCACUGCAGCAGCAACCAGCACAACCACUGAGACGGCGAGCACGGAGAGAUCGACGACACCACGAGAGGUUCCCACCACGAGUGCCAGCUUUGUGUCCACCUCCACGCACUUUAGUCCACUGCGCUCCAUCAGCAGCCAUCGCACCACGCCAAAGAUAACAGCUGGACGAUCCACCACAACCACUACAUCCACGAGCACGCAACCACCGCUGAGCAAGUGGGCCAAGCGGCGAAGGGAGCAGGACAGCAAGGCUAAGAGCAGUCAUCGCCACGAAGCCUUCGUUAGCACCACUCCAUCCCCCACUUCAUCCACUACCACCACAACUUCCAGUACUACAAGUUCCAGCACCACACCUUCCAGCACACAAACGCCGCCGUCCACAACCGCUACAUCCACGCGUGUUCCAUUGGCGCCACUCCUGCUGCCGGCACCACCCAAGGAAGUGGUGGAGGUGCUCACCCAGAAAUCGGUCAGCCGAUCCGUGAGCAUCAAGGUGGGCGAGAACGGCGAGGAGAUACCCAUCAUUGUGGACGAGGAUGAGAACGAGGUGAAGCCAGUGCUUAAUACUUAACUUCCCUACCCUAAAAUCCUAAUUAUCCUACACGUAAGCCUAGUCGUAAGCAGACUUAAUCCCACAAUAAAGGCAUGUAAUCCGUAAGGCAAGGGGCCACAGA